GGAACCAACCAUGAACGUAUUCCAACAGCUUAACAGUUAAUCUUACAACCAUCCCAUAUAUCGUCACCCACUUCACACAUACAGGGUACCCCUAAACCACAUAACCACUCUCACCACCAUGCCUCCCCUACGAACCAAAGUCUUCAUCAACGUCGACCUCGGCGAAGGCUAUGGGAACUUCAAAUGCGGCCCGGAUGAAGAACUCAUCCCCCUCAUCGACCAGGCCAACGUAGCCUGUGGAUUCCAUGCCGGUGACCCCCUAAUAAUGCAAGAAACCGUCUCCCUGUGCAAAAAGCACAACAUAUCGAUCGGCGCCCACCCCGGCCUCCCCGACGUGCAAGGCUUCGGCCGACGCGAAAUGAAGCUCAGCCCGGAAGAACACACCGCCAAUAUCAUCUACCAAGUCGGGGCGUUACAAGGCUUCCUAGCACGCGAAAACAUCCUCCUCCACCACGUCAAGCCACACGGCGUGCUCUACGGCAUGAUGUGUCGCGACCUGGAAGUCGCGCGGGCUGUCAUAAGGGGAAUACCAGCCGGGGUUCCGGUAGUAGGACUAGGAGGAACAUACAUGGAGCAAGCGGCGAAGGAGCUGGGGGUGCCGUUCUGGGCGGAGCUGUUCGGAGAUGUCAAGUACGGGCCAGAUGGGAUGCUGGUGAUUGAUCGGAAGAAGAAGCCAUGGAAGAUUGAGGAUGUCAAGGCGCAUGUGAGGCAGCAGGUGGAGGAUUCGUCGGCCACGGCUGUUGAUGGGUCGGUGGUGCAGAUGGGGGUUAAGGAUUAUCCGGUUACCAUUUGUUGUCAUUCGGAUUCGCCGGGGUGCUUGGAGAUUGUGAAGGCGACGAGGGAGGUGGUUGACGAGUUUAAUAGGGCGAAUGGGUUUGCGUGAUGGGCGGUGAAACGGGGGAAGUGAUGGCGUUUAGUGUUGAAUAGAAUGAUUAGUUGAUGGGGGUGGAUGUUCCAUACUUUGUGUUUCCUGGGGAGUAAGCUAAUGAUAGAUCCUACCGCUCAUCUUCAAAGCUUCGAUGAUGACCUAAGCCUUCAAUUCCUGACAAAGAAGACUUGCAGGUGAAGGAUUC